CAGCGAACGGCGUGGGCGGGCCCUGGUCCGGCAGGCAGCAGAUGGUGGACCGAGUCUGAAUGUGAUUGAAGGGUGCAAUCAUCAACAUAGGCAGCACAUCAUGAGGGAUCUGGUGGCCCUGAUGCUCGGGGCUAUGCUGCUGAAACAGGUUCUGGGGGAAUAUGGAAUGGCACAUGUCAGUGACAUGGAGAAGAACAAUGGCAAGGAUUACUGCAUCAGCUUCAACCCUGACUGGGCCCACCUACCUCAGGAUCUGAACAAAGCUUCUCGACUCCAGAUCCAUGAAAUGACCACCUCAGUGCUCUGCUCCCCGUCUGAAGUGCCAGCAGGCGGCUUCACUAAUCAAAUCCCCAUGGUGCUACGGGGUAACUGUACCUUUUACGAGAAAGUCAAACUGGCACAGAUCAAUGGGGCCAGGGGCCUCCUUAUCGUGAGCCAGGAAGCUCUGAGUCCACCGUUUGGUAACAAGAGUCAAUACGAAGAGAUUGACAUUCCAGUGGCCCUGCUCAGCUACACAGACAUGCUGGAAAUCCGGAAGACAUUUAGCCAGGUUAAGUUAGUGGCUUUGUAUGCACCCAAUGAACCCUUUCUUGACUACAACAUGGUGAUCAUCUUCCUGAUGGCUGUGGGGACAGUUGCAGUUGGGGGCUACUGGGCAGGAAGCCGAGAUAUAAAGAAACGAUACAUGAAGCACAAGAGGGAUGAUGGUGCAGAAAAACAGGAUGAGGAGAUGGUGGAUGUUACACCCAUUAUGAUCGUUGUCUUUGUUGUCAUGUGCUGCUCCAUGCUGGUGCUCCUUUACUACUUCUAUGAUUAUUUAGUGUACUUGAUAAUUGUAAUAUUUUGCCUGGCCUCAUCCAUUGGGUUAUACAGCUGUCUCUGUCCACUUGUACGCAGAAUCCCCUUGGGGAAAUGCAGAAUACCUGAAAACAAUCUCCCCUACUUCCACAAGCGGCCACAGGUGCGAAUGCUGCUGCUUUCUGUGUCCUGUGUAGCGAUUGCUGUCAUCUGGGGCGUCUGCCGAAAUGAAGACCAGUGGGCCUGGGUCCUACAGGAUACUCUGGGUAUCGCUUUUUGUCUUUAUAUGCUGAAGACCAUCAGGUUACCCACAUUCAAGGCCUGCACUUUGUUGCUGGGAGCCCUCUUUGUUUACGAUAUUUUCUUUGUCUUCGUUACUCCACGUUUCACUAAGAGUGGGGAGAGCAUUAUGGUGGAAGUGGCCGCUGGUCCGUCCUAUUCUUCUACUCAUGAAAAGCUCCCAAUGGUAAUUAAAGUGCCCAAAUUGAAUACCUCCCCACUGGCACUUUGCGAUCGGACAUUCUCUUUGCUGGGCUUUGGUGACAUCCUUGUGCCAGGUCUGCUGGUGGCCUACUGCCACAGGUUUGAUAUACAAAUGCACUCGUCCCAAAUCUACUUUGUUGCCUGUACAAUUGCGUAUGGCAUCGGCCUACUUGUCACCUUUGUUGCUCUUACAGUCAUGCAGAUGGGACAACCGGCCCUGCUCUACCUAGUUCCCUGCACACUCCUCACCAGCCUUGGGGUGGCAUUGUGGCGGAGGGAGCUGGCUGCAUUCUGGACUGGCAGUGGCUUUGUGAAAGAAAUUGUGCAGCCUCCCCUUGUGAAAGGGUCUAUCACCUGCACCCACCCUCCAGAUGUACCAGUAGAAGAACAACCGGCCAACAAGGAACCACUCGAUACCGAGACCACCAAUCAGAGCGAAGAACCACACAGUGGUGACCAAGAACCCUAAGAAGUGGGCAGACAUGUUGUAGGAAUUUGUUUUUUUACACCCGUUUUGUAUUGGUACAUAUACUUUUUUUUUUUUUUUUUUAACAAUUGUGUGGAAUUUCUUGCCAUCUAUGGUGGUGCUAGUCUGAGGGCAGCAGCCACAAUUGAGCCUCACCCACUAGAAGCUGAGACAGACAGCAGUAUGUGCAGAAGGGCAGUAUGUGGCUGCUCUGGCUAGGAUCACGGAUGGUGUAGAAAUAUUCACCCUGGUCCUGUGCCACAGCAGCCUGGGUCACUUUAAGGUUCUGCUAACUCUGUUCCCACAGAUGCCAUCUACUGGAGGACUUUGAUGCUGCCCACUAAGGGCCUGGUUUUAUGUGCCCCAUUUCUUGUCCCAGGCCGUUCUCAACUCUGAAAGUGUGCAGCUGCUCUGGGCUCAGGGGAUGCUAAUCUUUAUUAGACUGUGUGCCCAUGCGUGGCACCUUGGAGCAUUAGUAUGUUCACCAGCCUCAGAAUGUCAGGGGGCUGAUAUUACCUCACAUAAGCUAAUAUUGAAAUAAAUAACAAAAUAAACAGUUU